AUGGAGCAGAAAGGAGAUCAGAUGAACCAGAACCCCUUCUCCUGUUCAAUCUGCCAGGAUCUACCGAAGGAUCCGGUGACGAUUCCCUGUGGACACAGUUACUGUAUGAACUGUAUUAAAAUCCACUGGUAUGAAGAGGAAAAAAGCAACAGCUGCCCUCAGUGUGGGCAGACCUUCACACCGAGGCCUGUUCUGGAGAAAAACACCAUGCUAGCAGCUUUAGUGGAGGAGCUGAAGAAGACUGGACUCCAAGCUGCUCCUGCUGAUCACCGCUAUGCUGGACAUGAAGAUGUGGCCUGUGAUUUCUGCACUGGAAGAAAACUGAGAGCCAUCAAGUCCUGUUUAGUCUGUCUGGCCUCUUACUGUGAGAAACACCUUCAACCUCAUUAUGAUUCAGCUACUUUUAAGAAACACAAGCUGGUGGAGCCGUCCAAGAACCUCCAGGAGAACAUCUGCUCUAAGCAUGGUAAGGUGAUUGAUAUCUUCUGCCGCAAGGAUAAGAAGUGUAUCUGCAGUCACUGUUUAGAGGAUGACCAUCAAGAUCACAACACAGUGUCAGCUGCAGCAGAAAGAGCUGAGAGGCAGAGAGAGCUGGAGGAGAGACGAGGAAACAUCCAGCAGAGAAUCCAGGACAGAGAGAAAGAUGUGAAGCUGCUUCAACAGGAGGUGGAGGCCAUCAAUCACUCUGCUGAUAAAACAGUGGAGGACAGUGAGAAGAUCUUCACUGAGCUGAUCCGUCUCCUCCAGAAAAGAAGCUCUGAUGUGAAGCAGCAGAUCAGAUCCCAGCAGGAAACUGAAGUGAGUCGAGUCAAAGAUGUUCAGGAGAAGCUGGAGCAGGAGAUCACUGAGCUGAAGAGGAAAGACGCUGAGCUGGAGCAGCUCUCACACACAGAGGAUCACAACCAGUUUCUCCUCAACUACCCCUCACUGCCAGCACUCAGUGAGUCGACACACUCAUCCAGCAUCAACAUCCGUCCUCUGAGACACUUUGAGGACGUGACAGCAGCUGUGUCAGAGCUCAGAGAGAAACUACAGGACGUCCUGAGAGACUCAUGGACAAACAUCUCACUGAUGGUCACUGAGGUGGAUGUUCUACUGUCAGAACCAGAAUCAGGACCAGAACCAACAACAAGGGCUGGAUUCUUAAGAUAUUCAUGUAAAAUCACAAUGGAUCCAAAUACAGCACACAGAUGUCUGGAACUGUCAGAGGGGAACAGGAAGGUGACAUAUACAGAUCAACGUCAGUCUUAUCCAAGUCACCCAGACAGAUUCACUCAAUUUACUCGUAUUCUGAGUAAAGAGAGUCUGACUGGACGUUGUUACUGGGAGGUGGAGUGGAGCGGAAAAGUUUAUGUAGCAGUUGCAUACAAGAAUAUCAGCAGAGCAGGAAGUCAUAAUGAAUGUUUAUUUGGACGUAAUGACAAAUCUUGGGCAUUAGAGUGUCAAUCAACCAGUUUUGAAUUUGGUCACAACAACAUCUGGACCUCCAUCUCAGGUCCAGUUUCCUCCAGAGUGGGAGUGUACCUGAAUCAUGAAGCAGGUUUUCUGUCCUUCUACAGAGUCUCUGAAUCCAUGACUCUGAUCCACAGAGUCCAGACCACAUUCACUCAGCCGCUACAUGUUGGAGUUUUGCCUUGGAACAAAAGUAACUCUGCUGAAUUCCACAAACCCAAUUAGAUUUUCUCUCUUUUGUCUGAUUAUUGUUUUAGAUUCAUUGUUCUGAUGUUUCUCUUCUGUUGUUCUUUAUUUUUAUGGUUUAAAUAUUGUUCUCUAUGUGAUGUUUUUUUUCAUUCUUGUAUUUCUUUCAUUCUUGUAUGAAAGAAAUCCAAUAAUGAAAUAUUCCUACAUGAAGCAUGUCAUAUAGGAAUAUUUCUCUACAUGAAAAUCCAAACUUUUCUGGGCCCUAAUAGUUUUGCUUAUAUGUUUGUAUUGAUUAAUUUGAAUGUUCUAAUUUCUCUUUCUAUGUUCUGCAGAACAAAUGUUGUUCUUCCUUAAAUCCUUAAAUUUCUUCUGUUUUCUUUUUUGUGAUCCAAAGAAGAAACUGAAACCAAUAUCAACUUUAAACUGAUGCUGAUCCUUGCUUUUAAAUAAUUUUAAUUUACAUCAAGAAAAUAAACGUUUGUUGUUCUGUCUCUUUGAUGUUUAUCAAUAAAACAAAUUGUUUGUAGCAUAACCACUAUAUUUGUUAAUAAAUACAUUAAAGAGUAAAUAUAUCAAACUGUUUUUCAGAACAGUUUCUAUUACUUCAUUGUUAAAAAUUAUCCUAAAUUUUCACUGUUUUAAAACUGAUUAUUUGUGCAGCAUCUUGUUGGUUUUAGGUCCGGUUGGGAUAACCAGAUAAAAAAGGGUGGUGUGUCAGGAGACUUGACAGAUGAAUGUUUAAAACAAGUAAAGAAUCAAAGAAAAGACAUAAAAUGGGAAUCGGAGUUCGCUGCAGCGCCACAGAUUGUGAAUUUAAGAACUGGAUCAGAACCCAGGAAACCCCGCCUGGUGCGAGAAAACACAGAGGAAGAAGAAAGUCGCUCCCGGUGAGAUCAGGACUUGAUUUUUCUUUGUUGGAUUUUUUUGUGGUACCACAACUUUUUCUCAUCUUUUUUGGGUUUUUUUUGUCGUUUUGGAUUUUUCAUUUUGCAUUGGGAUUUUGGAUUAAAAUGGGGAAAUACUUUCAGGACUUUGGAUUUUUUUGAGGAUACGGGAUUCUUUUGUGGACAUUAUUCUGAUUGAAACAAAGCUGUUAUUUUUCAAUAUUCAUUUAUUCAUUUUUGCUGACAGAAACUGAGGGAUUCAAAUCUGACCUAUAAUUAUUUUUGAGGGAUUUUUUGGUUAAUGAUCUAGUUAUCAGAAUAACUAUUAUUAUUUCUUAAUAUUAUGUUUUUUUUUUAAAUAAAUCAUUGUUGCUAAAAGUCAACAAAUUUCAUAUUAAGUAGUUGGAUAUUUACUUUCUUAUUAAACUAAUGGUGUAACAUAUUUUCCCCUCAUUCCUGAGAGCAAAACCCCCUUGAAGAAAUAAUAAACUGGAUUUGGGCAUAAUAAUAAAUCUUGGUCAUUGUAUUGUUACCAAGACAAAUUUGAAUUUUGGCACAAGAAAAAGCUAACCUCCAUCUCGGUUCCUCGUUCCUCCAGACUGGGAGUGAACCUGAAUCAUGAAGCAGGUAUUCUGUCCUCCUACAGAGUCUCUGAAUCCAUGACUCUGAUCCACAGAGUCCAGACCACAUUCACCCAGCUGGUACACGCUGGAGUUUGGAUUUUUAACUACAGAAAUUCUGCAAAGUUCUGCAAGCUGAAGAAAAAAAUGCUCAGAAAUAAAAUGUUGGGUUUCUCUUUGCUUUUGUUUUGAAAGCCAGUUGUAUCAGUUUGCUGCUGCUUUCUUCUAAACAUGUUUCUCCAAAUAGAAAUAUAAACGAAUUACUUAUUUUUUCAAAUUUGCUGACAUUGAGUUGUUUAGCUGUAUCUAAAUUUUAUGAGUCCGGAAAUAAAAUCUUUAAUUUUA